AUGCAGGUGCGGUCUCCCUCCGCAAUUGAUCGGGUUCCUCGUCUUUUUCUUCUGUCUGCUCACGUCCUUUUGCCUUCUGUCUGCGGCGGCUCCAAAGCUUGCGUGCACAUAUCUUUGAGUGGGCCGAACCACAUGGGAAUCUCGUGGAUCACUUCAUAUCCAACUCCGCCAGUUGUGUACUUCGGCUCAAGCCCAGGCCCAGGGUCCAAAAGAUUCUCAGCCAAUGGAUCGACCAAUCAAUACGGCUAUUUGACUUAUCAAUCUGGACAAACGCACGACGUCGUUAUCGGCCCAUUGGACCCAAACACAGUGUAUUAUUACCGCUGUGGCUCUUCCUCUCCCGAGCUCUCCUUCAAAACUCCUCCAUCACAAUUUCCCAUCAAGUUUGCAAUCAUAGAUCUUGAGCGUUUGUGUUUCGUUGUCGAGCAGAGCCUCGAGCAAGACAGGCUCGUCCAGCUCGAGCAUGUGUCAAGUAAAUCGAGCAUUGCAUUUUCGACUCGGCUGAACUCGUUUGCAGCCUUGUAG